AUGUCCACACCGCUGGAGGACGCGACGGACACCUUGAUCAGGAUUUUCCAUCACUACUCUGGCAAAGAAGGAGACAGAUACAAGCUCAGUAAAGGAGAAUUCAAGGAGCUCCUCACCAGCGAGAUCGCUGACUUCCUUUCAGGCCCAAAGUACCUCCUUCUGGUUGAUAAGAUUAUGAAAGAUCUGGACUCCAAUAAAGAUAAUGAAGUUGUCAUUCUGGUUGCUGCUUUGACUCCGGCAUGUAAUGAUUUCUUUGAAGAACAGCUAAUGAAAGAGGGAUUUUAA